AUGAAAGGUAAAAGAUUUUUGUUCUCAAAUAAUAUUGUAAUAAUAUAAAAUGAAGUAAUUUAGAAAUCUGACAUGACUGGCUUGAGUCAACUGACAGAAGUAAAUGGUCACUUCGUUCAGUUCGUUGUUUGAUUUUAUAUAUUUAAUAAAUAUUUUAUACCCCGUGGAUAUUCGUCCGACACCGGUCUUCCUGCUUCACGGCUAUUCAUCCGACAACGCUUUAAAAGCUAACACUAAACCACUAAAAGGGUUGCGUUGUUUCUUAAAGAACGAAGCAACAACAUAUUCGAUACGCUAUACGUUUCGUACGCGGUGCGUAAGCGAAAAUCACGAAGAAAAAAAAAGUAUAAAAAAAAAAAUAAUAAAAUAGUGGCGCGAGCUGGAAUCGAUUCCAGAACUUAGCGCACACAAUACGGGUGCCUAAACCACUACACUACGAAGGAUUCGAAGGAUUCUUGUUGACGUUGACAGUGUAUUUUUCAAAUAUCAUUGUUUUAUACGGAAAUAUUUUAUAGUAAAGCAGAGGUCCAACAUAUUUAAAUUAAAUUCGGGCCUCGCUCCUUCGCAGAGAUUUCCGUUUGAUUUGCAUGCAAGAGAAAAAUGCAGAGAGAGUUAAAUGUUGGCUUAGUCUCCCUCGCAGCCGCUAUUUGUGGAGAAACCUCGACACAAAGAGCGCCUGCGAGGGAGACUAUUGUUGGCUGUCAUUCUGUGAAGAUUUAAUAUACUUUUGGGUGUAUUUUGCUUGCUGGGCGGCGAAAAACAACGUGGCCAGAUUUGGUAAAAUAAUUUACUUUACGAAAUUUUAAUUUCGCCAAUUUUGGAAAAAUGUUAGUAAUGAGAUUUUAUUAAAAUUUUGGUAAAAAUUUGUAGAGAUUUUAACAAUUCAGUAAUUUUUUAGUAACAAUUCGUGUUUGAAUGGUAUCUUGUGUAUUAAGACCACCAUUUGUUGCAUAUUAGUUUCUCAUCUUGUUCGAGACUGUCCCCAUAGUUGAUGUGGGCAGCAGGGGCGUAGCGUGCGGGGUGUGUGGGGGUGUGUGUGACACCCCCCAGUUUUAGUGAGGUAGUCGGUAAAACGCGAAGUUACUCGGUAAUGGCAAGGGCCAUGACAGCGGUCGGUAAAACAAAUCGGUUAAAGUGGAAUUUUGCUCCUCGGUAAAUGGCUUUUAAUAAUCAAUAAAAUUAAAUGAAUGUUGUGCCUUGUUCUCCAAUAAAGUUAUGCAAAAUGUACGUAAUUCUUCAGUAAUCACGUAUAUUAAAUAUCUACGCAUAAGCAUUGCAGCCCCUAAUUUCCUAUCGUAUUACACUUGCAAGAGCUGCGAAAACAGUCGGUUCUGAUUGGACAUGUUCAACAGUGCGCAAACUUUUGACCUUGAUACAAUGAUAUGCCAAAGAAUUAAAGAUUAUAUUUAUAUAUUUAUUAUUGACACGCGGUGCUCAUAAAAGGUUUCGCCAAUUUUUCAAGUCUGUUUAUUACAAUAAACAACAAGAUAAAUGUCAUUGAGUAAAAUGACUUAUCGCGCGCCGAAAUAUUUAUUUGUCAAUUGCUGUAUAGCUGUUAUGGUAUAUGUUAUAUGUAGCGUAUAAGGGGCGGUCACGAAUUCUACUAAAACCUCACGGUCAGCUCACACUCACAGCUUGUUAAUAUCUCACUGAUUUCGAAAAUAACACAACUGGUUCUUAAAUAUGUUGGUUUUGCUGCACAUUUUAACUAUUAAGAGUGACUUCAUUAAGUUCAUUUGCAUCAAAUUACAUAAAACUUUUUCCUUCUGAAAUAGAUAAUUAAAACAUCGCUACAUGCAACCUCGUGGGUAUUCAACAAUUUAAAUUUGUUUAAUUUAAUAUAAAUAAAAGCUACCAAAACUUGUGUGUAUAAGGUAUAGAAGACUCUUAAAAUGCCAUUUCCAACGAUCUAGAGACUCCACAUUUUCAAAAAAUUUUCGCUCGCCGCCAACCAUGGUGGCACCUCGUUGACGUGGGUCCCCCAAAACAGAUAAUGCAUGCAGCAUGUACUGAUCCACGACAAUGCUCGCAUUUUUUAUUCUUAAUAGACCUUAUCGAUUAUUCUCUUUUACACAACAUCAUUUGCCCUCGUUUCCAUGUUAACUUAUUUUAAAAGCAUGUCAGGGGCAGAUAAAGAUUAUACCAUGUUUUACUGGACGAAUUUGUUUCUUGCUGUUCUUAGGCUCAAUAACAAAGUAAUUUUCAACCCUACUAAGCACAAAACAUGAGUAAGUAGUUGACAUGAAAACGAGGCCAUUGGAUAAAACAGAUUCUUUCGCUUCAAGUGCCACGUGGUCGUCGGUAAAACUUAGAUGUUACACCCCCGCAGUUAAAAAGGUCACGCUACGCCCCUGGUGGGCAGGCUGCAAUUAUGCCAUUAUGUAGAGUGUUGGCUUUAUGCAUACUCAUACAAUUUUCUGUUUAAAAUUUUCAUUGAUUUCCGGUAUGAUAUCAAAAUGUAAAGCAAUGUGUUGCUGUUUGAGCUUCGAAAAAGCAUCUACGGGAGUGGUAAUUAUUUAUGGGGAGGGGUGGGGGGUUGGUAAAUGGGAGGGAGGGGGCAAACAAAGUUUUACCCUUAUAAAUAGGGGGGCUCAAAAAAGUUUUUGAACUUAAAUACCAUGUCUUAAGAGUUCUGAUUUCUAUAAUCACAAAUAGCAUAGACUCACAAAUCUAACUUAACUGAUCAGAUUCAGUCUAUCAAAGCACAAUGUAACUGUAUAUCCAAAAAUCUGUUUAGAAAAUGCUCACAUUUGGGGGAGAAUACCCCCAGACCCCCCUACUAGUACAUAUACGAUACCACACUAAACUUUUUGUCAGCAACAACCAUUUGUCCGUCUCUCCACACUCAGUAUAGAGUAUAAAAUGUAAAAAUGUAGUCAUUUAAGGCAAAUGUGAGCAAAUAUGCAUGAUACAUGGAGUCAUGGCAAAUACUAUGGGAAGCAGUUUUCCCGUUUUCCCAAAUAAGAAUUUUAGACAUGACACUUUUCAGUGGAAACAGUAACAGCAAACAAAUAUUUUCUUUAACCCAUAUUCUCCCUGCCACUGGGAGUUUUCUCUCACAAUACCAAUUAUACCAUAUAAUUUGAAUAUUUAUGCAUGAGAUGAUUAGUUAUGGUCAUCUAUAUACACCACGUGAUUGUCAGACAGUAUAAAAGUAGCACAAAAUCGGUAUUUUUUUAGCAUAAUUGCCACCGAAAAGGAAGAACGGCGCUGAUAUGUUUUGGCCUUUUGGGAAUCCAAUUUGGGAAGUGUUGCAGCCGAGCCCGGCCUUGGGAAUUUAACGAAACGCCUUGCUUACACAGCGGCAAGAUAAAGCUCACCAACCAAUUUAACUUGAUGAUGUGGAUCAUCCUCCUCAACCGGCUGUACUUGGAAUCAGCUAUUGGUUUGUUGUCUACAGAAUUUAAGUGGAUCAUCCCUGUCCCCGUGAGUUUCAAGGCUAUAAGUUUUCUUCGGCAUCAUGUACUGCCUUGAAAAUAAGGUAUUGGAUCGACUUCGGUAGCAACGUCAACUAUAUUGUAGACUGGUUGAGGAUAACUAGUAAAGAUUCAGACGGCGAUCUAGUAGAGUUGAUAAUUGAUCUUUAUCAAUUUCACGACGAUGAAAAUUCCAGCACCGCGGCAAAUGGCAAACAUCAUCUCUUUACAGUCACUGUUUACAUAGCUGAACAGAAACUCAAAAUAUACGGAGACUACAAAGAUUUAUGGGGUAAGAACGAAUUCAAUAAACUGAAAUCAUUUGCUAAUGAGUUAUGCUUGAGUUCGAAAUUAAACGCCGAAACAAUCAGUUCAUUAUAUACAACUUCCUUUCGUGACACGAGCGAUGUAUACGGAAGCAAGGAGAAACUUGAUUUAAGUAAUGUAUCAUUUGAUGUUUUGAAUGAUGUGGACUCCUCGGAUUGUGAUGAAGAUGUCGAAGGUAUUGAAGAGAAUCUAAUAUUAAAGCAACCUAGUACAAAAUCUCCAAAAGUCAGACGCAGACGAAGCAAAGCACUCUCUUCACCUCGCCACAAUACCACUAAAAUACCGCCUGGGGCUUGUCAUCGCAGAAAAAUGGAACGAAAAUCAUCCGUUCAUUCAACACUGCCAACUCACAGUAAUGGUUCUAUAAAUCAAAAGCAAAUCAUUGACUUUAUAGAAUCUAUAAGUAAUCGUGUUAACAAAUUGGAACAAUUGAUGAUCAAAAUAGACUCGACUUUGGCUACAACAGACGUAGAUAUACUUGAUAUACAGAGUAACUUAUCAAACACUAAGAAAAAAUUAUCUGAGUCGCUAACUUCCCAUCUAAAACAUGAACUACGUGUUAUCAAAGAUUCGCAAAACAACAAUAAAGACGAGACAAUCGUUUUGUCAAAGCCGAAACAGAAAUUAAACGACUCCAAGGUCGUAUUGGAUCGUUGGUCGAAGAAAAAUCUCAGUUACUGAAAAGAGUAGCUUUCUUAGAAAAUUCAAAUGCAAAGCUCCAUGAGGAAAUCACAUCCAACCACACCAAACCACAAGAUCAACAAGUUAACAACCAUAUCUCUCAGAGCGAAACCAAGCCACAAGAAGAAAAGGUUCCAGGUGCAAUAGAUUCUACCGCCGCGAAAGCCAGUAACAAAAAUAAUGAAAACCAAGAGCAAGUACAAGAUCAAUCACCAGAAUACGACUUUGUCAUCCUUUGUGAUUCGAACAGAAAGUAUAUCAACGCAGAUCAGCUUUAUCCAAAAGGAAAUAACAAAGUCAUUCCAUGCGGAAAUACAGCCAAAGCUAUUGACAUUUUAACCUCCCCAAGAUUUACGGUGAAGCAUGGCAUCAUUAUCAACACUGGCGUCAAUGAUUUGGAAAGUUUAUCACCCAAAGAUAUAAUCGAAAGCCAAACUUGUCUAGUGAACAUUGCUACAACCAAUUUUCCGGACAAAAAGAUCAUUAUGUCGAGUAUCACACCUAGACGGGACGACCUGGAUAAAUUUGUCUUCGAGGUCAACAAAGCAGUAGCCCAAAACAUUUGUAAAAUCCCUAAUGUCGUUUUGGUGGACAAUGGAAAUUUACGAAGUAAGGAUCAAUUCUACUUUGACACAAAACAUUUGAGUAGGAGACACGGUAUACCCCUAUUUGCAACCAAUUUAAAAAAUGGGAUUCGAAAAUCUUUGGGCAUCAAUAAUCGAAGAAUUUCUGGACAACAUCGAUUUCCAUACCCCAAAUCAAAUCAUGGAUCAAGUUGGAGUGAUGUCGUGAAACAGAACCCCCCACUGAAUAAUUCACGAAAUCAAUCAACCAUAAGUGAAGUUAAAAACCAUCUCGUUGAUCUAACCGCCAUGUUUAAACAAUUUCUACAAACAACUGUCAACCCAUCUGCACAACCGCCAUUUCACAAUUAUCCAGCUCCACAACCAAAUAAUCUAUUUCCCCCCUCUCCGCCACUUUUUCCGCCACCCUUUCCACCAUCAGGAUUAGUUUAUGGUAAUCCACAAUUUGGAACCUAA